AGCUUACUUCCGGUACAGUGUAUCUGUCCCUGGCAUCAGGGUGAAUCAGGAAAGGGAAGGAAGAGGAGUUUACUGGUAGACAUGUUCUGAAACCACACUGUCCUUCCCAACAGGACACAAAGGACAGGGAGAGAGAAUUCACACAGACACUUUACUUCAGGAGUGUGACGUGACCGGCAGUGUCAAUUUCUGCUGUCUCAAACCCUCUCUCUUACUUCAUCACACACACAUAGACACACUCACAGCUCUGAAACAUUUAGGCCAGUUGGAGCUAACGUUAGCCUGCCCGCUAAGUUUGCUAUUUUUUUUGUGGAAUUGUGGCGACAUUUCGCUGGACAGACCAACACUGGAUGGGCAUAAACGUGUAAUUCAACCUAAGUGCCUGAAAAAAGGGGUCCCUGGUGGUCUAGUGGUUAGGAUCCGGCGCUCUCACUGCUGCGGCCCAGGUUCGAUCCUUGGUCAGGGAAUCCAGGGACCAGGGAGUCCCAAGCCCGGAACACUACCAAUCAACAUAGAUUGCAUUCACCAGUCUGUGUGGAAAUAGCAACUCGGGAACUGACAUGGGAACACCAGGUUCAGGAAGAAAACGUGCACCUAUCAAGGAUCGAUUCUCUGCUGAGGAUGAGGCCUUAAGUAGCAUAGCACGAGAGGCAGAGGCCAGACUUGCAGCAAAGCGUGCUGCCAGGGCAGAAGCAAGAGACAUUAGAAUGAGAGAACUGGAGCGGCAACAAAAAGAGUACACUUACCACCACUCAUCCUCUAGUAAAAAGUGGGGGCAUAUCCAGCAGUGGAUGGCUGACACAGAAAAGGCCCGACAUGGCAAUAAAACCAGAAGUCAAAGUCGCAGAAAGGGCCUAGACGAUGACACCAUGUCUGUCCACAGCAGUGGAAGUUACAGGUCUUCUGCCUCAUCGCUGGUAGGCAACUCACAUUACUCCAGCCUCACGACCUGCUCAAGGAAAAAAAAAAUUGUGUCUGAUGGAAGUAGUUCCCCUUUGAAGAGCUCUCAUUCCACUAGCUCAGUGUAUAAUGACCUUCACAGGAAGUCUGCUUCCUCCAGGAAAAAACCUGACCUACUGACAGGAUUGUAUUAUGACCAAAGGAAAUACAGCAGUCUAAAGAGCUCCAAACCACCUCCUCUUCCCACGUCCUCUAUCUAUACCCAUCAGCCCCGGGCUUCCAGCACUACCUCCACAGGUCUGAUGCGUAGCUACAGUGCGGCCUCAAUAUGUGAUGCCGGUCUCUAUGGACCUUAUGGUUCCAGAGCUACAUCUGAAUACAGCUGGUGCUCUUCUGGUGCUAGUUCUACCCGCAGUAGUCCAAUGUCCUCUUCUGAUGACGAUUCUGCCAGCACUUCUUCUCAGGAUCACAUCAAACGUGAAAGGAGAGAUAGUGUGUCCUCUCAAAUGUCUGACAUGAGUGAGACUGCUGCCGACUAUUUCAGCCGUUCAAACCGCAAAGGUAGCAUUGUUUCUGACCUCGAUGAUCUGAGCAUCCCGGAUCUGGACCUUUUGGAUGAAAAAUGUGACAAGCAGUACUCCGACCCCUUCAGUCGGCCCUCGUCUCGAUGUGCCACUCCAGGCCUCUCUGCAGUUGCGCUGGCAUCUCUUGGUGGUACUUCAUCCAGACGGGGCAGUGGGGACAUGUCCAGUAUUGUCAUUGAACCAGAUGCCUCUCUCAGUGAGCUGAGGGAUAUAUAUGAUCUAAAGGACCAGAUUCAGGAUGUAGAGGGGCGAUAUAUGCAGGGUCUUAAAGAGCUGAAGGAAUCUUUGUCAGAGGUGGAGGAAAAGUAUAAAAAGGCCAUGGUAUCUAACGCACAACUUGACAAUGAAAAGGCAAACCUCAUUUACCAGGUGGACACGCUCAAGGAUGUUAUAGAGGAAAUGGAAGAGCAGAUGUCAGAGCUGAUCAGGGAAACAGAAGAGAAAUCAAAGGAAUUGGAGAGGCAAAAGCACACAUGUUCAGUUCUGCUGCAUAAACAAGAGGAGCUAAAAGAGGGAAUCCAUCAGCGAGAUGAACUUAUUGAGGCAAACCAGAACAUUCAGUACAAGUUAGAUACACUCACAAGGGAGGUGUUUGACCUACAGGAAACUGUUAACUGGAAGGACAAAAAGAUUGCGGCCUUAGAGAGACAGAAAGAGUACUUUGAUUGCAUUAGGAAAGAGAGGGACGAGCUCAGAGAUGAGCUGGCUGACCUCAAGGGGAAAUCCAAAACAGUAGAGAAACAUGGGCUGGUUAUCAUUCCCGAGGGCACUCCCAAUGGGGAUGUUAGUCAUGAAUCCCCCACCUCAGUGAUUACUCUUGUCACUCAGGAAGCUGCUCAAGUGCUGGAGUCUGCUGGAGAUGGACCUCUGGAUAUUCGACUACGAAAGCUUGCUGAAGAAAAAGAUGAACUCUUAUCCCAAAUAAGGAAACUAAAAACGCAGCUUCAGGAUGAAAAACAGAAACAUUUGAAGAUGGAAAGUGUUGACCCUGAUGGAGAACAACUGGAAAAUGGCACUGACUUGAACUUGAUUGAAAUGCAGAGAGAUGCCAACCGACAAAUUACUGACUAUAAAUUCAAGCUUUCAAAGGCAGAACAAGAAAUGGGUACAAUGGAACAAAAUAUAAACAGACUUGAAGGGCAGGUGUUAAGAUAUAAAGCAGCAGCUGAUAACUCUGAGAAAAUUGAAGAUGAACUUAAGGCUGAGAAAAGAAAACUACAAAGGGAGCUGCGUACUGCACUGGACAAAAUUGAGGAAAUGGAGAUGACCAACAACCACCUGGUGAAGCGCUUGGAGAAGAUGAAAGCAAAUCGCAAUGCCCUACUCUCUCAGCAGUGAUUAGAUUAGCUUUGGACAAUUUGUAUUCUUAACUGCUCUUAAAUAUAGAAUUCUUUACUGCCACACACUGCAAAUGCUGCUUUUGCCACCUAACACAUCUCUGGGAAACCAAAAAACACUUUGUAGCGAAAGAAAGCAUUUUACUUUUUUUUUUUUUUUCCACUAAACAUAAGAAUUGGUGCACACCUCUGUUUGUCUGAAAGGGAGUAACUGUGUCUAAUUGAUUUUUUUGUUGUUGUUUGAUAAGGGCUUCUUUGGUUGUGUUGUGUUUUGAAAGCUUUGUAUAUCAUGGUUUUCCCCUAGGUUAUAUUGCGUGAUUUGGGUGCUUGAUUCCUCCUGCUUCAGCAAUAGGCCGAAUGAGUGAAAAAGGGUAUUUGAAAUUACUUUCACACAACUGCACACAUUGAUAAAUGUUUUUACCAAUGUGCCUUUGUCCACAUGGGAACUGAGGGGUUUUCAUUAUAAAGGAAAGAAAUGGUAUUGGUACACAAAAAUAUUUAAUAUAGGGAUUCAUUUUGAUGUGGUAGUACAAACCAAUUCUAUACAAUGGUUUCAUUAUGGAUUAAAAAAUAUUUAAAAUAAAAGAAAAUUGGAAUUUUUGAAUAAA